GCGAGCGGACAGGUGUGCAGAAGUCCGGGCCCCGGUGUAUGGGUGUGACCUGCGAGGAGGGCUGGCUGCUGGCUGCUGCCUGGUGCAGACGUGGCUGUUUUUGUUUCUUUUCUUCUUCUUCUUCUUAUUCUUCUUCUCGCUGUCUGUCUAUCUAUCUAUCUAUCUCCCAUCAACCUCGACGUGCGUCCACACACCCACCCACCUACUCACCCACCAACCAACCCACCAACACCCACCCCCACAACCAUGCCCCGCACCCCUCCGCCUUCCCCAGGAGCACAGAAAGAGAAAGCAGCCCCCCCGCACCCGCACCCCCUUGCCGCCUUCACCCGCCUCGCGCCCACGGCCUACCUCUACACGCCUGCUCCUUGCACCAGCACCACCAGCACCAACCCCAACCCCACAACCACCACCACCACCUCCCACCAGCCCCCCGCCCUCAUCCUCCUCGCAACAUGGUACGCCGCCGCGCCCGCACACAUCGCUAAAUACGCCGCCCAGUACCGCGCUCUGUAUCCGCGCACGCCGCAGCUACUGCUCACGAGCACGCUCGCGGACGCGACGUGGCGGCCAAGGGGGGCGCAGGAAAGGGGGCUAAGGGACGUGGUGGGGGUUGCGAGGGGCGUGGUUGCGGAGGCGGAAGCCGAGAGAGGAUGCAGGGGUAGAGGAGGUAAGAGCGGAGGUAUAGUGGUGCACGCGUUCAGCAACGGGGGCGCGCUGACGGCGUGCGCGUUUGCGCGGGCGUGGCGGGGGGGUGAGUGUGCUGGUGAAGAGAGGGAGGGAGCCGGCAAAGCGAAGAAGGCGGGCGGAAGCAGAAGCAGAAGCAACACAGCGCUCCCCCUGCGCGCCCUCCUGCUCGACAGCACGCCCGGGCGGCCGUCCAUCCGUCGAGGCGCCGCAGCGCUGGCCGCGGCCUUCGGCGGCCUGACACGCAUACUGCUGCUCGCGGCGCUGUACCCGGCCUUCGCGCUCCUCUACCUCUUGACGCGUCUGCCGCGCGUCUCGGACCCGAUCACGCGCGUGCGCCAGGAGCUGCUCGAUGAUAGCCUGUUUGCGCGCGCGGCGCCGAGGUGCUAUUUCUUCUCUGGGGAGGACGAGAUGGUGGGCUGGGAGGACGUGGUGGCGCAUGCGGGGGAGGCGAGGGGGUUGAGGUGUGGGUUGGGUGCGGGUGGAGUCGGGGUGAGGGAAGUAAGGUUUGAGGGGAGUGGGCAUGUGAGGCAUGCGGUUGUUGGGGCGGAGAGGUAUUGGGAAGCUGUGAGGGGGGUGGUGGGUGGGGUGGAGUAGGGAGGGGGAUGGAGGGUAUCGGACAGGCUGCAUGCAACCCGUGGAAGAAAGAAAGAAACAUAAGACGGCAGGCCGCACCACAUCCAUCACCCCGCAGCAGCAGCAGCAGCACCGGCGAGUCAUGUAUGAUACAAUGUCACGCUAAUGCAGGUCCCCUUUUGGGCAUGACGUCUGAAGAAGGC